CGAAAAGAAACGGCGGCUUGCUAUUCAUUUGGUUCACCCACAUAAACACAGCAUUUGGUGAUGUGUUUUCGUAGGAGAAUAUAAUUUUUUACGAGAUCGUGCAUGGAUCAAGGCUUUCUUCCUCAACACGGUGACAGAGAACCACAGGUAACAGGAAGAAAAGUUGUACGUUAUGCUGGUGAAUUAGAUCCAAGUUUUAUGUUCAGCUAUCAGCCACAUCACAGUACACCUAAAGAUAAAAUGAGCACCAGUUUGAAAAUGUCCCACUCGUCCCCGACCACCCAUCAGAGGUCCUCUAGCCCCUCUGCCCGCAGGUCACUCAGUCCAGCCCUGGCCAGACGCCCUGGCAGUCCAUCCAGAAAUGGUGCCUCUAAUAGGUCUCCCAUUAAACAGUAUCCAGCUCAGCAUGAGAGCGAUACAAUCCAGAAACAAAGGAGAGAGCUUCAACUUCUGAUAGCAGAAUUAAAAGACCGAGACAGAGAGCUAAAUGAAAUGGCUACCACACACCAGAAACAGCUGCUUGCUUGGGAGGAGGACAGACAGAGAAUUCUAACCUUAGAGCAGAAAUGUUACAGACAGGAAGGUGAACUCCACAGUCGUGGAGAGCAAAUUAAAGGUCUGACUGCACAGCUGAAGAUGCUGGAAUCAGAUGGAUCUAAUAAAUCUAGUGCCUUAGAAAGCACCCAAGAUCAGCUGAGGAGAAUAAGCGAGAAACACAGUCAUACACAACUACAUCUACAGGAGUUGGAGGAAAAGAACUCAACUUUAAAUGGUUCUCUGAUGGAUCUUUCAUCAACAGUAGGUGAACUGGAAGCUAGAGAGCAGGAAUUGCUGACCAUGCUAAAACUCAAGGACAAAGACUUGGUUGAAGCAUCAAAUCAUAUAUCAGAGUUAAGCACCAAAUUAAAGAAGUUGGAUUUCCAGUUUCGUGAGUGUCAGCGUAGUGCAGCAGAUGCCAAGAAAAGUGCAGCAGAGUGGAAGCAAAAGUGUGCAGAUGCCAAACAGGAGGGAGAAAAAUUAAAAAAUGAACUCACUAAACAGCAAACAGAGAAUGAGGAGCAAUACAUUGAGCUGCAAAAGGCAAGACAGGAGAUCACAGACCUUAAGAAUGAUGCAGCAUUAGCAAGCGAGCGUGAAAAGAGGAAGGACCAGCUGAUUGAGUUGCAGAGAAGCAAACAAGAGAGGGCUGAUGCAGAAUUGACUAGUCUCAGACAAUUAUAUGAGAGACAGCAAAGAGAUCUGUCUCUUCUCCAUUUAAAUUUGGAAAGUUCAAAGGAUCUCAUUGCAAAGCAGCAAGCCAGCUUAGAAAGUAGUCCUUCUAGUCGUCCAGCAUCCAGGGUUUCCAUUCAUUCCUCCCCCAGCAAAUCACCACAGAAAUACCGAUCAGCCACUUCCUUAGAGGACAAACAUUCCAGCCUUCUCAAUGCACUGGACAGUGAUAUUACUGGGAUAGUCAAUGGGGAAGAUUUCUCACUACCAGCUGCCAGAGAUCAGGAUGCAUCCCCCACCAGCAAGCUUCACAGACUGUUGACAGAGUCCAGGCAGAUGGUACAGAGUCUGGAAAGGUCAACACUACCGCCUUAUGUCUCCAGGAUGGACAGGUCACGCACCUCAGACAAGUCUGAAACAGAGUAACUUCAUGAAGUGGUUAGGAAUUGAUAUCAUUAUCCAUAACUCUUUAGCCUUA